GCGUGCAAUGUCGGAAUGGUGCACGUCUGUGAUCGAGCUGCCAUUGGCGAUGACGAUCGUCGCUGCGAAUUCUGCAGCAAACUAUUCAUACAGAGGAAGAACAUGCUGCAACACAUCAGGAACCUUCACAAAAUGGCCGUGGAUGUCAAGAAAUUGAUGAAAUGCGACGUAUGUGGCACUUCCCUGCCUACAAUGGAGAAGUAUUCGGUGCACCAGAUCGCUGCGCACAACAUCGAGGCUGAUUACGUGCACCUGGUGUUCCGGAACAAUAAGGAAUUUCAUGAAUGGAAAGCAGCAGAAGAGGGUAGCCAAAACUGCUGGUUCAUUUUGCCCAGGGACCCCAAAAAGCUGGCCAGUGGAGAAACAAGGAUCCACUAUUACUGUAAUAGAUCAGGCGAGGCAAGGAAAAAGGAAGGUCAUAGUGACCGUCGGGAGAAAAGUUAG